AUGGAACCUACCAAUCCUCCUGCGCGUCCGCAGAGAAUCAUUAGGAACGCCGCCCAUUUUCACCAGUUGGAGGCAGAGGCCAGAGCAGCGGCGCUUAGCGGUGCUAACGCAGGAUACUGCGGUGACUUUCCAGAAAACGAUGACGACGCACAGGGCGUGUUGAUUGACGAGAUGCUGGAGGCAAUGGCCAAUACCGCUGGCGUCGUUGACAAUGACAGCUCUGACGUCAAGGCUAUUCGCGAUCUGCCUAGAGACAAACAGGAAAUGAUGGCAUGGAGGGCCCUGUUCAAAGUUCGCGACACCCAGCAAGGCCUUCAUAACCCGGAUAUCCUGACGGCACGCUUCCCCGACUUCACGAGUAGGUGGAAGGCAGUUUUGGCCCUUGUGCGCUCUAGCAAGGCCGGAGCCACCCAGUUUUUUGCGGUGCACUACCUGGACCGCUAUACAGCGAACCCUAUCAUGGAGCUGGACACCAAAAUAUCAAACAACAACACGAACAGAAAUAAGGACUACAACCAUGAGCUCAAGGCAGCCAGGGAUCAUGGUCAAAUCGUUACGAAGUUUGAUGAUCGCGCCGAGAUCAGAGACGCCUCGGGAACACUCCUCAAAACAUUGAUGAAGCCGAGGAAGCGCGUUCUGAGCGAGUUUCUUCCCCCGGAACUGGCUCAGUCCCCGGCGGCCAAGGUGAAACGUUCUAGGGGAAGCCGCAGGGGCAUGGGAGCUUCUGCAAGUCCGGUUGCUGCGUCUACUACUGCUGCUCUUACUGAAGGACAGACUACCGAGAACCACCCUGCGAGUCUCCUCCUCUCGAUUCAAGAGGAAGAAGAAGUGUACGAGCCUCUUCAGGCGAAUUCGGCCAGCGUCCCCGUCGACCAUCAAUAUUUUGAUGCCGAGCAUCUCGACGUAAACGCUGGCGACCAAAGUCAUACCGACCUGAGCUACGCCGACCUGGAUAACGCCAACCUGGACAGUUCCGAGCAUAGCCGCGCCGACUAUAGCGGCGCCAACUUGACCAACAUCAGCCUUACCGACACGAUCUUGAACAACACUGGCUACAACAGCACCGGCCUUCACCCAAGCAUCGCCACUCUCGAAAAUACAGGUCAGCAUCACAUGCCGCAUUACCCUCAGCUCCCGUCCCUCGAGCAUGAGCAUAAUCACAGCAACACCAACUAUGGCAGUAACCAGGCUGGCGCCGGACGUGCAGCUGUGAACCCAUCUGGCCGUGUGGUUCAAAACGCAGCCGGCGCAAAUUGGUGGGUGGAGGACAAGUCCUCUGACGAGUGA